AACAAUUACCGAGCCUUUCUCGUUUUCGUCAAUAAAAAAUAAAGCUGAAGGCGGUGAAGAAUCCAACUGGAAUUUAUGCAGAGCGCUCUAUCUUUCUCUCUCUUGAACUCUAAAGAUUUUGGGUAAGAGUUACUGUAGCUGAUCGCCAUUGCCGUUACAGUGCCAUUUAAACCCUAAAACGCUUCAAUCAAGAAAUAAGGCCGUCAUCAUCUCCUUCUUAGGGCAUUAUAAUGGACUAGCAGCAGCUCUUCUAGCUGCUACUCUUUUUCAUGUACUCCUAGAUUUCCUGGGUCAGUUUCAACUGGGUUUGCAUUUUUUUGGGGAAUGGGUUUCACAUUGAUGCUAUGUCCAUGCUACUUUUUGGGAGGAGGAGGGGACAAGAUAUGCAACGCCAUUACUUUUCACUUUUUAUGAGCACCAAGUGUUUGACAGAGUUCCCCACUGAGAACAUAGUGGAGCUAUAAUUUUUGUAGAGCCACUAAGUUCUUCAUUUGUAAUUUUGUAACAUUGGUUUCACUGACACUGUAUUGAAGUAUCAAGUUGUUUUUUUGGAAACUGUGGAAAGAAGAUGGCUGUUGAGAGUAGUAACAAACAAGAAACACGUGCUCUGACUCCAUUAAGAGUCCUACGUGGUGUGUUCUGUUUACUAAUCUUGCUUUCAACAGCAUUUGUGAUAUUGGUCUUCUGUGGUUUCUUCACAGCUGUGAUCUUGAGAUUUUUCAGCAUACAUUACAGCAGAAAAGCAACAGCAUUUUUCUUUGGAAGCUGGCUAGCUUUAUGGCCUUUUUUAUUUGAGAAAAUAAACAAAACUAAAGUAAUAUUUUCUGGAGAAACUCUUCCAGAAAGGGAGGAGAGAGUCUUGAUCAUUGCCAACCACAGAACUGAAGUUGACUGGAUGUAUUUAUGGGAUCUCGCCUUGCGAAAAGGGCGUUUAGGGUAUAUUAAAUAUGUCCUCAAGAGCAGUUUAAUGAAGCUGCCUGUAUUUGGUUGGGCUUUUCACAUUUUGGAGUUCAUUUCAGUUGAGAGAAAAUGGGAAGUUGACGAGUCAACUAUGCGAAACAUGCUUUCAACUUUUAAAAAUCAUCAAGAUCCUCUCUGGCUUGCUGUUUUCCCUGAAGGCACCGAUUUCACUGAACAGAAGUGUAUUCGGAGCCAAAAAUAUGCAUCUGAAAACGGGCUGCCUAUCUUACACAGUGUCCUACUCCCAAAAACAAAGGGAUUUGCUGCCUGCAUGGAGGAACUAAGGGACUGUUUGGAUGCAGUUUAUGACAUCACAAUUGGGUACAAAAACCGUUGCCCAACUUUCUUAGACAAUGCGUGUGGGGUGGCCCCUUCAGAAGUUCAUAUCCAUGUCAGGCGUAUUGUAGUGAAUGAUAUCCCAGAGUCUGAAGAAAAGAUUGGUUGUUGGUUAAUGGAUACGUUUUCCAAAAAGGACAAAUUGCUUUUGGAUUUUCAGUCGAGAGGAUGUUUUCCUCAUCAAGGAACAGAAGGGGAGAUUGCUGGUGUCUCAUGCCUAUUGAAUGUUGUUGGGGUAAUCAUCUUGACCUUCAUCUGUAUUUUUAUAACCUUUUUUUCAUCUGUCUGGUUUAAAGUGUACAUAUCGUUAGUGUGUGCAUAUUUAGGGUCAGCUACCUAUUUUAAUAUCCGACCUUCGCCCAUUUUUAAUUGGUGAAAAGGUUUGUUUUAUGUUUUAUGUUUUAUGUUUUAUGUAUCAAUAGACAAAUAGUUGGAAGAGAUAUAUAUAUGUUUUAAUAAUAUUAUAUUGAGACUUGAGAGCAAGAA